AUGGGGACACCGCAGGCCCCGGAGUCCCAGGCCACGCCUGAUUGUCAAAUUGCCCCGCAGCCUCCUCACCGCGACGAGGACGGCCGUGUGCAACUUCUGCCUACGGCCGUGAAGACCUCAGGAAGCUGUGGUGAAAACUCUGAGCAGGUGAAGACCUCAGGAAGCUGUGGUGAAAACUCUGAGCAGGUGAAGACCUCAGGAAGCUGUGGUGAAAACUCUGAGCAGGUGAAGACCUCAGGAAGCUGUGGUGAAAACUCUGAGCAGGUGAAGACCUCAGGAAGCUCCUCUCUGGAUGCACACGGCCGUCUGCACCAGGCUGUUCCAGACUUCACUGCUGCCCCAGCAGCCCCGGGGGCGGGGACUUCACCCUCCCCUGAGCCAAGAUGGCUGAGAUUAAAGAGCUUUCUAGCCAAAACUAGAAGGAUACACUUCAAUUUCAAGAUUCCAACAAGACGCCACAGGAAAGUGGAUCCCGGUUUGACUCCUUCCAACAUGGACUUAGGUCAGAAUGUGGACACAUCUGCCAUCCAUGCUGCACCUGCCAGUUCCCCUCAGAAGCCUCACAAGCGCUCCUUGUUUAUGCUUGCUUCCUGUUUUCGGGGUUCAGAGUGAUUUCUGAUUUCUGAAUCAGAAUGACUAUUUUUUGACUGAAUUAUAAAUGUAUCUCCAAUAUAAUCAACUUUUUCACCAAUAAAAACCUCCAUUUUUA